AUGACGACAGAGGUGACCGCGAGUAGGCAGGGCUACCUGCAAAACUCGACCGAGUAUAUCGCGCGGACGGAAAGAGGCGAAUUCCUCGUGCAGGUCGCUUGGCCUCUGAGCUGGAGCCAAGAUCGCGUGCGGCCAGAAAACGACUCUCGCCCGGUUUCUGCCGUAUAUCUCGUCGACGGCAAUGUCUUCUUCGGCACGACCGUGGACAUUUCGCGUCGCCUUGAAUUCACCGACGACGUGAGAAACGUGGUCGUGGCCGUCGGCUAUCCCAGGUCCAACUACGUCUACGACUUCCGGAGGGGACCGGACCUCACACCGCCCACCCCCGAUGGCCAGUACGAGAUGCCCCUUGGCCAGGACGGAAAGCCCAGGACGGACUUGAAGUUUGGCGAUGCCGACAAGUUUCUGGACUUUAUCCAGAACCACGUCAUGGUCAACGUGCAAGAGACGCUCUUUCCACACGUGCAGCUGACGCGCAAGGCCUUGUUCGGUCACUCGUACGGCGGCGUAUUUUCUCUACACACGCUAUUUACAAGGCCGUGCUUGUUCGACUUUUACAUUGCCGCGAGCCCGACGAUAUGGUGGAGCAACUACGCGCUCGUCAAGAAUCAGGAGCGUGAGCUUCAUCGCCGUACGGAGCCCGCGGACCCAGCGCCGUCGCUGCUCAUUACGUGGGGAACGUCAGCGGAUGAGUUGGAAAAGAGACCGGGCGAGUCUGAUGAUGCUUUCAAGAAGAGGAUAGAUAUUGCAGAAGGAAAAGAGAUGGGAGAGAGCGCGACUUCGCUGGUAGGCCGCUUGCGGGAGUGCCCAAGCAUCAAGGAUGUGUGGACGUGCCACUUCCCGGGAGAGGAUCACGGAAGUGCAGCGGUCGUGGGACUUCAGCGAGGGAUUAUGAAUUUUCUUAUUGAGAUGACUAACUAG